AAAAUUUGCCGUUCGGUGCUGUUGGGAAUACGGAGCAAAAUUUGCGCGAGUGAAGAAGCAUUGGAAAUGGCGCCAAAGCGAGGAAGAAACCGGUCGCCUUCACCAGACCGGGACGGGAUGUUCACCGGAAUGGUAGUUUUCAUGGUGGACACCGGAGUCCAGCGCCGUCGAUUGCAGAUAUGGAAGGAGAAGCUGGUUCAAAUGGGAGGAGCAGUGAUGGAGGAAGAUCGUUUAACUAAGAAACUCACUCAUGUUCUCGCCAUGAAUCCCCAAUCUCUUGUCGGAAAAUUCAGUAAAGAAUCUCUGUCUCGUUUUAAAGGACGCCUUCUGAGUUACCAGUGGUUAGAAGAUAGUCUAACUUCAGGAGAGAAGGCUGUUGAAGACUUGUACCUUCUCAAAAUUGGCUCUGAAGAGCCAAACAAGUCUUUGCCUGCAAGGAGUGGUAGUGAGGAUCAACCGUCAACUCCAAAAAGAGCUAGGGACUCCCCUGAUUCUUCUGAUACCGUAGGCUUAGAAAGCCAAAAGGAUACACAAGGAUCACCUGGUUCGCCUACUACUAGUUGCAGUGUUCCUUCUGCUAGUGCUAGUCCUACUGGAGAAGGCAGUGCAGAGAUUCCCACUACUACUACUCCACAAUCAGAGCAGCCCACAUCGGUUUACAAACCACCUGAUUUGAACAGAAAUAUCACUGAGAUAUUUGGGAAGCUAAUUAACAUAUACAGAGCUCUGGGUGAUGAUAGGAGGUCCUUUAGCUAUUACAAAGCUAUACCGGUUAUUGAGAAGUUCCCCACUAAGAUUGAAAGCGUUGAUCAGCUCAAACGCCUCCCUGGCAUCGGAAAGUCAUUGACAGAUCAUAUUCAAGAAAUCGUGACAACAGGGAAGCUGUCCAAGCUGGAACACUUUGAAACAGAUGAGAAGGUACGUACAAUCAGCUUGUUUGGGGAAGUUUGGGGCAUUGGUCCUGCUACUGCACUCAAGCUAUAUGAGAAAGGACAUCGCACAUUAGAAGACUUGAAGAACGAGGAUUCACUAACGCAUUCGCAGAGGUUGGGGUUGAAAUAUUUUGAUGAUAUCAGAACAAGGAUUCCACGCCAGGAGGUGCAAGAGAUGGAACAACUUCUACAAAGAGUCGGCGAGGAAGUUUUGCCUGGUGUGAAUAUUGUAUGUGGAGGAUCAUACAGACGAGGGAAGGCUACUUGCGGAGAUCUAGAUAUCGUUAUCACACAUCCUGAUGGACAAAGUCAUAAGGGCUUCUUGACAAAAUUUGUAAAGCGUUUGAAGGAAAUAAACUUUCUUAGAGAAGAUCUCAUCUUCAGUACCCACAGUGAAGAGGGUACUGGUUCAGGCGUUGAUACGUAUUUUGGACUAUGCACUUAUCCUGGUCAGGAGCUGAGGCGCCGUAUUGAUUUUAAGGUUUACCCGAGGGAUAUCUAUGCAUUCGGACUCAUAGCCUGGACAGGGAACGACGUGUUGAACAGAAGGCUGAGAUUGCUAGCAGAAUCCAAAGGAUAUCGACUCGACGACACCGGACUGUUCCCAGCUACUCACAGCUCAAGUGGUAACAGGGGUGGUAAAGCAAGUGCAAGCAUGAAACUCUCCACGGAGAAAGAAGUUUUCGAUUUCCUAGGGUUUCCUUGGCUCGAGCCACACGAGAGGAAUCUUUAAGUAAACUCACAAAGCCUCUUUGGUUCUUGUUUAAGUUAUGUUCUUUUGUAGUUCUGUAAGUAAUCGGUUGUUUUUGUAACUGCAUAUCUAUUCUACUAGGUGUUUUCCUGCACCAUGUGCAGUAAAAAAAUUUU